UUCUAAAUGUGUAUUUUUUUUUUUUCUUCUUCUAGGUUCUCAUUGGAGUUGAUUUCUAGUAGACUUCAGCUAUGCAGACGAUCAAGUGUGUAGUCGUGGGUGAUGGUGCUGUUGGUAAAACCUGUCUCUUAAUUUCUUACACAACAAAUAAAUUCCCAUCGGAAUACGUACCAACGGUUUUUGAUAACUAUGCUGUCACAGUGAUGAUUGGAGGAGAGCCUUACACCUUAGGCCUCUUUGAUACUGCAGGUCAGGAAGACUAUGAUAGAUUACGACCCCUCAGCUAUCCACAGACAGAUGUAUUUCUGGUCUGUUUUUCAGUGGUGUCUCCUUCUUCCUUUGAAAAUGUGAAAGAAAAGUGGGUACCUGAAAUUACUCACCACUGUCCAAAGACUCCUUUCCUGCUUGUUGGGACCCAAAUUGAUCUAAGAGAUGAUCCCUCAACAAUUGAGAAACUUGCCAAGAACAAGCAGAAGCCCAUAACUCCAGAGACGGCUGAAAAACUGGCCCGGGACCUGAAGGCCGUCAAAUAUGUGGAAUGCUCUGCACUUACGCAGCUUUGCCUGAGCGAUUGCUGAGAAGGAAGAGGCUUUUGAUGGAAUUGUGCAGGACGCUGGCACCGGAGGUGGUGUGGUGAGGCACACUGCAGUUCCUCCCGGGAAUCCCUGAUCAAAAGGUGUUCUUGGCUGUGCUUUCUUACUGCUCACGUGCAAGCUGAGGGGUAUUUGUGCUUGAGCUGUAAUUCUCUUAGAUCCUUUUGGUCCUGAAAUACCAUUUUAGAUGAUGUUUGGCACAUCCUGAAUGCUGCUGCUAACUAGGCUGUAGAAUCUGCUAGUUGGUUAAAUACAUACCAGGGCUUCUUAUCCUGUAUUACUCACUGAGACCCUCUCCUCUGUAGCUUUAAACUUGCCUUGUUUAGUCUGCCCAAAGUGCAUGGAAGCACUUAGAAUUACCAGAGCAAGAGUUGAUAUGAUUAAAAAUUUCAGUGUUUAUCCAUUCUUUUUUUUAUUUCCAGAUAGACUAAACUGUCUCUGUUGCAGUGAACAGCUUUAUACGCAUGGAAGCUCAGCCUGAAUUUCUUCCAGAGCACUAGUGCUUGUAUAGCCAUUGAUGGUUUUGGGAAUCAAGAGUAACCUGGGAGGAGGGUUCUGAAGCCUUCUUGCCUGGAAGACUAGUUGGUUUGCAUCUGCUCUAUUCUUUUUCCUUCAUUUGUUGUUGACUCCCCUCACCAAACACCUUUUUCUCAGUCUGUCGGUAAUAGCUGCCAAACAGAAAUGAAGAUUCUCUAUGAAGGGCUGUUUGAAGUUCCCGGCAGAGAUCUAGCUGGCAGCUUGCUGAACACAGAAGUCACCUGGCUUUCCUAGCCAGGAGGGUGGUUUUCCUACCUGCAAGGCAAUGUUGUAGUAGCUGGUUUCAACUGAAGCUAGACUCAGCUGGGAGUUCAGUCUCUCUUUACCUUGGCUUCCAUCUACGCAGAUCACCUCAGCAGUCUAGGGUGUUUUUUUCCUCCCCAACUAAUUUACAAAUUACUUCGACACCUCAAUAGCAAGUAAUCACAAAAUCAUGGAGCCAGAGCAUGUUGUUUUUUCCUGGGAGGAAGAGUUUGCUUGUCUCUGAAGAGUCCAUGUUCUGAAAGUGCUAGAUGAGUUGUAUGAGGCUGAGUUUCUGAGUCUUUUCUGUAAAGACAGAGUAUCUUCUCCUCCCUGAGUCUGGAUGACGGCAGUACUGAGGAGCCAGUUUAUCCCCCCCUUUCUUCAGGGUGUGGAACCCCUUUUUAUGAUGAAGGCACUUUCAAUGUCUGUCUUCAACCUUUCUCUAUGAAAUAGUACCCAGAACCUCUGUAAAAAGUGGAUAAUGCUUUGCUAUUAGGAAAGGGUGACUAACAAACAGGAUUACAACUAAAAUGAUGGUUCUUCUGUUACGCUUAAGAGUUAAAAGUCUGAGCGGACUUUCUGAAGCUUAGUGCUUGUACCUAACACAAGGGAGAACUCUGAAUUUAGUUCCUUUUUUCCCCUCUGGUGUUGGGUCACCAGUUCUGACCCAGUCAGAUUUAUAAAGUGUCUUAAACUGUCCAUGGAAGGGAUAAAGGGAGCCUGAGCUUAGCCUGUUCCCCGGUGCAGCACAGGAGCUGUGUUACUUUAAGCAGAGUAUCGAGGCCUGUGUGCCAGUGGUACUGAAUGCAGCUCCCUUCAUGUGGUUACUCGUGGAUUAACACUAGUCCCAUUUCCACAACAAUUUUGUCCCUGUCCUGUGUGUUUUUUUUUUUUUUUUCUUCUCUUCCCUUAUCCCAGUUUUUUCCUAGGUCCUUCCAAACAAAUCCCAGAUUCUGUUCUCUUGAACAAAUUGAUUUCUCCUGUGCAAUAGGAAAACAAGACUCCCUGAGUAGAAGAAUUAAGGAAGCAGGUUUUCUUGAUUCUUGCCCUGCCUGGGUUCUUAAUCUACCUAACAGUCCAUAAUUGAGUUUAUAGCACAGCCUUAUUCUUACAGAGAAAGAAAAUCUAAUUAGUACUCAGACUUCACAUAGACAUCAUUUAUUUGAUGUCUCUGGCUCUUUUGUCAGCCUGGGUUGCAACUCAUUUAAAAAAAAAAGUUGCUGGGGAAGAUGUACAGAAUGAUUGUACAUGGUAAUUUCCUUAACUUCCGUUCUUUCAAGUCUAAUCUUGUAUGUAACAUGAUGGACUUAAAUGCUUCCAGAUGGAAUUGCCUUAGAGAUCUCCCAUGGAUGUGCUUUGGUAAAACAAGAUUAAAGACCUUCUAAAAGGGACAUAUCCAGUCUAACCUGUGAGGGAGAAACUAGUUACAUUUGAAUUACUUCUAAAAAAAAAAUAAUCUUAAUUUUGCAAAGACUACAGUUGUUUACAGGAAGUAAUUUAAGCUUUUAUGUUUGUCUUUAGCUGGGAUAAAGCAGUUGUUCUGAAUUUAUGAAGGUUGCGCUUGUGACAGUAGAUUUAGGCGAGUCCAGUUAGCAUAAACUGAGCCAGAUUUUGCUUCUGGUGUUAUGUGUAACUUGGCAGUCUCAUGUGGGAGUGGUGGCACACAGCAGUGUUCCCGUUCUGCUUCUCUCAAAUGCAAUGCAUGCUUCGUGCUCUGGUGUAGUCCCUGCAGGCUCCUUGCAGCUCUGUGACUAAUUGUCUGGUGUUGGAUCUCAGUUAUUCCAAUCCUAACACCGUUUCUGUCUUCCUGUGACUUUGAGUUGGUUAUACUUGCUUUGGUAACUUAAACUGAAUAACUGAAAUGCACAGUGUCCAUGCUGGCUCUCGAUGGCAGAACAGCAGCACUGGUAAAAUAUUGCAUCGCUUUCUUAAAAGACUGAUAGCCAAUGUCUGAGGAUGACAAUGGCUUACCAGAGAGGUACUGCUUCCAUCCCAGAUGUUGUUUUCCCAGCCAUUUGGAGAUCUUCAGUUAUUCAGGGGCUGAAUUCACAAAGCAGAGGAGUUGUUUGGAGCCUUUGCUCUGGAUGAGCUGCCCCUGGGGUAGUUGGGAGCAGUGAGUCUGUGCAUCUGAGAUGCUUGCUUAUCCGCAGUGGGUGACAACAAAAGGCUUACGUGUCCUUUUGGAUCACUGUGGUGGGGCAAGCUGCUCUCCACUGUGUUUAUUCCCCUGUAAACUCCCCAAGUGUAUAUUCUGCAGUUCACUGGAAACCACCAUCUAUUGUGCAGCCCCUCCCACCCCUGUGUUCUUGGCAAUUGCUGCUGUGUUUGUGCCUCUGCCCUUCUGGGUGUUCAUUUUGUCUAACUUGGUCCAUCACAUGGUCUGUCUGUCUCUGACAUUGACUUUGGGUCAUCUAAAUGAGAUUUCCUCCUGGGAUCUACUUUGGUUUUUUUGCAAAGUAAAUCUGUUUACUGCCUCUGUGAAUUCAGCCUGGUCUAUCCUGAAUGCUCUUUGUAUCUGCUUGUUUUUCUCUAAUCCUCUAACCUGGCUGCUGUUUUUUCUCCUCCCCUCUGUCUUGUAGAGAGGUCUGAAGAAUGUGUUUGAUGAGGCUAUCCUAGCUGCCCUCGAGCCUCCGGAAACUCAGCCCAAAAGGAAGUGCUGUAUAUUCUAAACUUUCUCCUUCCCCUCUUGCUGCUGCUUCCUCUGUCCCACUACUGUAGAAACCUGGUUAAAAAAAUGAAUAAACCCACCUUGAUUGAAAGCUGUUGUGUCUGCUUACCAUCUUAGAGCAACCUCUGUAUUAGCUCUUGGACUGAAAACAAUACUUAAGAUCUUUAGCAUAAACGUUGUGACUGUGGAACAUGAACUGGACUCGCUUAACUCUCUGCUGCUUGGGUUGCCAGAUGUGGGUAGCUUUAUAAUUCAGGCUGUUGGGGAGAGGAGCUGGUUACAUCAAUAUUUAAAGAAAGAUCAAAAGACUAAGACGUGAUGUUUGAUCUUCCUGAAUCCAGCAGGAAGAAAGAUGGGUGUGUUUUUUCAAUUUCUACUUGUGACUCUUGUUAACUGUAUUUGCAUGACAAAAGUACAUGAAAUGGUGAUCUGCAAGUUAUGCUGUAAUGUGAAGGGUUUCUGGUUCUCCUUUGUGCAGUGAGAUGUUUUUCUGUUGCUUUGGUUGUCUGUGCUGUAGUGGAGUAUUUGUCAGUCCUUGGGGGGGAAGGAAAUAUCAAUGUACUUGCUACUGCUUUAUGAACUGUUAAAAUUCUUGCUUUCACUAACAUGGUAGACCUCUUAAUUUCAAUAAUGGAUCCUUAAAGCCUGUUACUGUAAGAUGUAAAGCUGCCUCUUACUCUCAUGCUUCUGAUUUUUAUUGUUUUAAGGAGAAAACGUCAAUUGUAGCUUGUCUUUAAAUUUUGAAAUUAAAAAUUGCAGUUGUUUGUAUAAAUGACUGAUGAAGCUUUAUUCCGAUUUGCACUUCCUGGCUUCAGUUUAACACGUAAUGCAAUGUACAGUACCCGCUUUGUACUCCUCCCAUCUUGACUUCUCUGAUACCAUGCACAGCUUCUGGGCUCUACCUGGCCGCUUCUAACUGUCGGGUGUUUGGGGCUGGAAGCCUGACCAGAGCGUGUACCAGACCGAUUGAUCGUUGCAUGCUUGCCUUGUCUCUUCUCUUCUCUCCCCUGACACGCUGGUGUCUGCACUGCGGUACCUGGCCUGCUCCAGAUCAAGCUCUUCCAUUUGAAUGCAGCACUUUCUGCUUUGUCAUUAGCAUGUGAAACAUGUUAGUAGCCAGCUAAUGAUAAAAAUUGCCUUAAGGAAAUUACUUUGGUACUGGUGUUUUGCUGCUUGUGAACUAUUCUGGUCUCAAAGGAUUGGUGUUCCUGUUUGGAAAAAUCCGAUGCUGUGCUAAGGAGCUGCUAAACUCAGCAACACAGCUUGCUCAGCUUGGCUCUGUGCAGAGGAGACUAUGGGAGUUGUGGGUGGCAAGCCUCGAGUUGUCACUGGAGGGAUUUGUCUGCCACUUGGCUUUCUCUGGUUUUGUUUGUGUGAAAACUCAAAAAUGAGACUGCCCCUCUCUCUCUUUGC